GUGCGACUCACGGCGAGUGCUCGUGGCUUUUAAGUGCUCCGACUGCAAUGACGUGUGAUGGAGGCAGGAUCUGUGUGUGUGUCAAAUACAGCCCGACAGUCGUGUCGCUAUAAGACGAAAUACAUUCGCUAAGCAGCUCGAAGAGCUCCAGGUGGAGGGACAAGGAUGGCCCGAAUAUCGCUGGACUGUGCAAACUCUUUACCGGGGAUCCCACUCAGUGUUCUCUCAGUGCCCAUGGAGAAUAAAUACAAAUGUCAGCAGUGUCUCCAGGUCCUGAGGAAGCCCGUUCAGGCUCAGUGCGGCCAUCGCUUCUGUGUACACUGCUUCAAGCAGCUCACCAGUUCUGGGCCAAAGCCUUGUGAAGCCUGCCGCCAGGAGGAAAUAUAUGAGGAGCCUAUAUCCAUCCUUCAUAGUAAUGAGGCGUUUCCAGACAAUGCAGCAGGUCGAGAAAUUGCAAGUCUUCCAGCCAGGUGUUUGAACCAAGGCUGCAAUUGGACGGGCUCUAUAAAAGAGUAUGAGGCUCAGCAUGAAAGCCAAUGCGACUUUGAUCGAGUUCAGUGCGAGGCCUGCAAAACCUCGAUCCUGCUCUCGGACAAGCCCCGCCACAAUGAGAGAGAAUGUGAGGCCAGAACUCUCAACUGUAAAUACUGCAAGACGACUUUCAACUUUAAAGAAAUCAAGGCCCAUGAUGAAAUCUGCCUGAAGUUCCCAUUACAAUGUAAAGACUGUGGCAAGAAGAAGAUCCCAAGAGAAAAGUUCAAUGAUCACAGCAGAACCUGUGCCAAGUCGAAGAGUGCCUGUCCAUUCAGUGAAGUGGGCUGCAAAUUUGUGGUGGACAACGGGAAGCUCAGUGACCAUGAGCACAGCAGCACCAUGGAGCACUUGCGUCUGCUGCUGCCCAUGGUGAUGUCAGUGGGUCGGGGACGUGCAGAGGCUUCAGGUCCUGGCGAGUGGCAGGAGGACUCUGGUCUGGGCCUGUACAGGGCUCCUGAGGAGGGAGUCAGUAUAGACGCUGGAGCUGAAGCCUCCCCACAGUCCGUGGACGUGGAAAAAAAGGUGAAUGCUUUACAAAACAUAGUGUGUGUCUUGAACCGUGAAGUGGAGCGCAGCACUGUUACAUUGGAAGCUUUCUCGCAUCAACAUCGCUUAGACCAGGAAAAGAUUGAGGAUCUGUCAAACAAAGUACGACAGCUGGAGAGGACGCUGAAUAUGAGAGACUUGCAGCUGUCGGAGACCGAACAUCUGCUGCGAGAACUCCAGUUCUGCACCUACGAUGGGAUAUUUGUCUGGAAAGUCUCUGACUUUGCACGCCGCAGACAGGACGCUGUUGGUGGGCGGACUCCUGCAAUGUUCUCACCUGCCUUUUACUCCAGCAAGUACGGCUACAAAAUGUGUCUGAGGCUGUAUUUGAACGGCGAUGGAACAGGACGGGGAACGCACCUUUCGCUGUUCUUUGUGGUCAUGAGGGGCCGGUAUGACGCUCUGAUGAAAUGGCCAUUCAGUCAGAAGGUGACUCUGAUGCUCUUGGAUCAGAAUAACAGGGAGCACAUUAUCGACGCUUUCCGCCCUGAUGUCACCUCCACAUCCUUCCAGCGGCCGAUCAGUGAGAUGAACAUCGCCAGUGGCUGCCCGUUGUUCUGCCCACUGGCUAAAUUGGCCGGCAAGAGCCCCUAUUUGAGGGAUGACACAAUUUUCAUCAAAGCCAUAGUCGACCUCACAGGCUUAUAGAUUUCCGGCUGUGGAAGCUGCACUAAGGUUUCAUGAAGAAGUCUAGGAUGAAUUAUAAUAGUUAUAAUAAUAAUAAUAAUAUUAGAUAGUAAUAAUACUAUAUUAAAUAUGUGACCAUAACAUUUCAUGAUCAAUAGAUAUAUAUAGAAUCCUAUAAUGAAUUCUUUUGGAAGAAAGUCACGUUAUGAUGGAGACAAUAUAACCACCACAUUAUGGUGGUAGAUCUGUUGUGGUUAUUAGAAUAUAUAUAAAUGAACUCUGUUAGUGUGUAAAGCUUUAUGAAGAACAACGCUAAAGCUCUGGGGUCUCAUUUAUAAAACUUCAUACUAAAAGUGUACGUGCGCACAAAAAACAGAAAUGGCUUUUCGCAAAAGAAAAUUCAGAUUCAUAAAACCGUGCACACGCACACCUCAACGCAAUGUUCACUUUGUUCACAGUGUUUGUUAGUGAGGUGGAGGUGAAGAGCGAUUUCAUGGGAACGCAGUGAUGUGAUUAUAAAGAGGAUACAAAUUUAUUAUAGAUUUACAAACGUCCCAAAAGUGAGAUAAUCAGUUUUGGAAAGUUUAUUAUGCACAAUUCAGUCAGGAAAGUACUGAAUACACAAGCAACAAAAGGAAAAUUGGUAAUUAUAGGAACCUGAAUCUGGCAAACUUGACUUUAGGUGCAUCGUAACCACUGUUCUUCAACAGGGGGGACACCUAUACAUGUUUGAUAACUCUCAAUAGCGCUAAACAAGGUUCAACUGCUACGGCAACUUGGUUAUAAAUUAUUCGUUAACUACAAAUAAUUGAACAGGUCUUACCUUUUGGAAAACGGCAGUCCCUGAAAUGUGUGGAAGACCUCCCAAUGAGUACAAUGUAUCCAUUUUCUGGAACUUUAGACUUUCCUAAAAAAUACAAUUAAAUUCUACUAAGUGGUUAAAAAAAUAAAUAAUAAAAAAUAAAAACAAAUCUAAUUUGUUGAAUUUCGCUCAAUGUGAAUCCAAACUGCACAAAGUCUUUUUUAUUAUGUAAAGGUUACUAUUAUUUAUUUAUUAAACCUUGUUCUUUUUACAGUGUAUAAGAUUUAUCAGAAUUAUUAAAAUAUGCUUGUGUUUGUACUGGGAUGGUUCGGUUCCGUCGGUCGAUCUGUGUGAUACUGGACUCAGCUCAGCACAAAGAUCACAGAUCUAUAGGAUCAGCUGAUCAUUCAUCACGUUUGCAUGAGAAGUGGCGUACGCACGCUUCAGGCCCCGUUUUGUGUGUACGCAACGGUUAGAAAUGAGACCCCUGGGCUUUAGUUACAUUAACAGCUGCUGAGUUCAAUAGUUCUGUAAUUAUAAAAACUAACAGGCUCUAAUUAAAUCUAGUAAAAAAUAUUAUUUUAUACACGUGUGGGUAACAUAUCAAUUAUCACUUAUCUCUAGUCUCCUAGUGCAACACUGAAUAUAACCUUUUGCUUUUAUUACACAUUUUUUGUCUUAUGAGUAGAUGCUGGUUGACUAAACGUUACAAAGUAACUCUAAAGAAAACAGUUACCCCUUCAAUAUAUUCUCAGUAAAUUAAAAGAAAUAAGCUAGAAUGGCACUCAGAGCGCAAACCUCCGCCAAGGACCCUAUCUCACGAUGUUAAGGAAAAGAUGAAGAAUUCGUGUAUGGACCAUACACGUAUUCUUCAUCUUUUGAAGAAUUCAUCGAGGAUUUUGUCCAAAUCCUCGGCCAAAAUGUAUUUUAAAGCAAAAAAAAAACCUACCCUCCUAUGAAACCACAAUAAAAUUCACUGCAACUGGAUUUGUAUUUGAAUCUGCACCAAAUAUGCAUGAUUAUUUUUACAUCAAGAUCCAUGAAUUAUUCACUGGGAAAAUCAGUGAAAUAAAUAUUUUUUUAAAUAAAAAUUCCCCAUCUUGCAAUUUUUGCAUAAACCUGCUAACAAACAAACAAGCCAACAAGGACAGGGGUGAAAACAAGCGCUUUGGUGGAUGAAAGACAGACAUAGACAACAAGUUCAAACCUGGAGUGUAAUCUUUAGUAAAUAGCAGUUUACAAAUGUAAAAAAGAUUAUUAUACUUUAUACUUUAACUCAAAGUCCUUUUUAACUCAGCUGUACGAGUAACCAUAUGUUUUGUAUCACUCAUAGUGAUGAUAUAUUUUGAUAAUAUUCAUUAGUAUAUUCUAAACUAUAUGAGUUCUCUUUGUACUAUUUCUGUUUUGGUGUAUUUCUGGUUAAACAUUUAUAGUAUGUAAAUGUAUCACCUGACGUGUGUAAAGUGUAAAAAAAAAAGAUUUAUAACAACAAAUUGUGGGAUUGUAUUAACAUGCAGUAGAUUAAAAUGAGUUCUAUGGCUUUAGAAAA